UCAAGAGAAUCAGUUCAGAGACAACAUGGGCAAUCACAGAGGGGUGUAAGUAUCUACACAAACUGCACUUCUUGAACCUCAGAGGAAUCUCUCCCAUCUCCACCAUGCCAAUGAAAUGAAGGCUCCUCCAGGCAUGCGGGUGAAUAGAAUUGUACUGCACAUCCUUCUUGUGGUGCUAUCUCUGGAUCACUGUCAGGUUUAUGGUUUUUCUUCACUUCCAGGAGACGUGAUUGAGAACUGUACUGUUGAACUUCUGGUUACAAGAGGUUACAGAUACCCGGGAAAACCUGGGGACUUCCUCAGUAUAGAGUGUCCAGUGAAGUACUGCACAGGAAAGCCGGCCAUGAACUGGUGCAAGAUACAGGACAUGUACUGCUUACUUUUGAAAGAUGGGCCAACCAGACAAACAGCCUGGAAAGAAGGAAAUGUGUUUGUUCUGAACUUUGUACCUGUUCAUAAGAACGACAGUGGAUUAUAUCGUUGUCAAGCUACUGUAGGAAGUUUAAGCAGUGAGAGCCAUUCAGUAGAAGUUCUUGUUCAAGAAGUGACUACAAACGCCCCUACAAAUCCACAAUCAAAGGAAUUUGCAGGUGCCACUAAUGUCACAGAAGCUCCUCAAGGACCUAGCAGCAACAAUAAGAAGUGGAUUAUUUAUGCCCUAUCACCUCUGGGGGCAUUGUGUCUCCUCAUCCUUAUCUGGUUAUGCCUGUUGUGUUGUCUGCGGUGGCACUCAGUGAAACCCAAGACAACCCCAGUAACCUCACAGAAGGAAAUGAACAUGAUCAGCAGAUCUACAUGUGCGCCAUACCACACCGAUAGGACCACGCAUGCCCCCAGUGAAGGAUCUACACUUUACUAUUGCUCCAUGGCUAGCCUGCAGCAGCCAUUGGAUGACAGCACAAUUUAUGAUAAUCAUGUCCCUCACUGGAAUGGUAGCAGGGCAGCAACUGGUAAUGCCUCUGACAGUGCUGCUGUUGAUUCCUACCAGCCCUCAUCUGAGAGCGAAGAUGUCCUUGUUUAUGCUUCAUUAAACCAUUCUAGUAUUAUAGAAAAGCUCCCGAGAAAGGAACAGAAUGUGGAAAUUGAACUUACAGAAUAUGCCACCGUUUGUGUGAAGAAAUAGCCCUGGCAAUGAUAUCUCUUUAACUAAGCCAGUACCGUAACGGUUCAUGUCCUGCAGUGACUCAAGCAUUACAGCAGGAACAUAAGUACACCUUCUUCUAAACAAAGAGGAAUUCUCAUCAAUAAAAGCAUACUGAUUCUUAUGAUAUAUUCUGGAAUUCACACUUAAGCGAAGCCCAUGUUCGUGGUUGGAUAUUAGCAACCACUUGUUUGUUAUCUUCCACAUGGAUUCAUUUGAAGCUUUCAUGUUCCAGGAACGCCCCCUGCUCUGAUCAAAGCACUGCCCAGAGCAAAGUCAGAGUUUGGACAGGAUAAAUAAAAACUGAAUAAUAAAGGUUAGGAGAAUUGGAAAAGAAAACAAAUGUAAAGGACAAUGAGCUAUAUUAGGUCCACUGGGGAAAAUUAUGAAUUAUUUUUGUUGAAGAAAAUUUUUGAUGAUAAGAAUUUUGCUUGAAGAACAUAUUUAAGCAUAAGACUUAUGCACCACUGGGAGGUGUUCUGUGACUAUGAAGAACAUAUUAACCUGCUACUAACUAAAAAGCAAGCUAAUGGUUUUUUUUUGUUUUUGUUCUCAACCAGCAGCCUAUCCCCAUCAGUUUAGGUGGGGUUAUCUAGACAGUAUGAAAAAAAAUAUAAAAGAAA